AUGAAGACUGUAGGCCUAGCUCUCUUGCUAGCCUUUCUGCACUUGCAGACCACCCCGAUCACUGGGCAGCUGCGCUCUGAGGUGUUCUCGAAUUUCAAUGGCUCCUUGGAUGACCACGGAAUCUGCACAUGCUCUGUGGUCGUGCCAGACACAUCCUUUCCUGUUCUGAAGGUGGAAAGCUUGGAAAUCCAAAUCAGUGUUCUCACGGAGAAAUUUGAGAAAGAAUUGACUAAAGUGAAGGAGUAUACCAAAAUGAUGCUGCUGUUUGAACAGAGGCUUGUAAACCUAAGCAUCAAAAUUCAGGUCAUGGAAGAGACCGGCUUUUCUUACACUAAACUAGACUUUGAGUUGCUUAAAUUAGAAGUGAGUGAGAUGCACAAACUGGUCACAGAAUUGAAACUCAGUUUUGUUGGAAGCAAUGUCAUCAUUGACCAACUGGAGCUGGAGAUCAGGAAUAUGACUCUCCUGGUACAGGAGCUGGAGUCACUAGACAAAAACAACAUCCUUGCAAUCCGUCGGGAAAUUGAGUCCCUGAAGAAUAGACUGAAGGAGUGUGAAGAGUUUAGAGGUCAAAAUAAUACAAGUCCUGUUGUCUUACCUGGAAGUUGUGGUCAUGGCGGUGUGGCGAAUAUCAGCAAACCUUUCAUUGUUCAGCAAAAUUGGAGAGGGUCUGCCUAUGUGUACGGAGCUUGGGGAAGAGAUUAUACCCCUAACAAUCCAAACAAAACACUAUACUGGGUGGCCCCCUUGAACACAAACGGAAGGUACCUAGAGUAUUAUCGACUUUACAACAACAUGGAUGACUUGCUGCUCUACAGGAACACCCGAGACUUACGAGUCGUAUAUGGUGAUGGCAGUGGUGUGGUCGUUUACAACAACUCCAUGUAUUUCAACUAUUAUUCCACACGAAACAUUGCCAAGCUUGACUUAGCAGCCAACACUACCUUGAGAAAGGCCCUUCCCAAUGCUGCCUAUAACAACCGCUUUUCCUAUGCUGGUGUCAACUGGCAAGAUAUGGACUUUGCUGUGGAUGAAAGUGGACUGUGGGUUAUCUAUUCAACUGAAGACAGUACUGGUAACAUUGUGAUUAGCAAAAUCAAUGACACUUCACUUGAGGUGAUAAACACUUGGCAAACCAUGCAGUAUAAGCCAUCUGUCACCAAUGCUUUCAUUGUAUGUGGGGUUCUAUAUGUCAUUCGACCUAUGAACACCAAAAAGGAAGAGAUUUUUUACUACUAUGACACAAACACUGGGAAAGAAGGCAGAAUGAGCAUUGUCAUGGAGAAAGUGCUAGAGACAAUACAGAGUGUUAACUACCACCCCCUUGAUCACAAACUCUAUGUCUAUAAUGAUGCUUACCUCCUGACUUAUGAUCUCAGCUUUCAGCUGGAGUGACAGUGACCUUGAUAGG